AUGGAGCAACUGAACUCUGAGGAGUUCCAUUCACUCCUAGAUGCGACAAUGACCAAAUCGGUCACCCAAGCCAUCUACACGGUGAUGGGGGCGAUGUCAGAUAACCUGACCCAAUCCAUCAGCAACGUCAUCUUGGCGUCUAGCCACAACCCUAGCGGCCUCUGCCCCAAGGCCCAAGAUGACAAACUUGCAUCCCUCAGUGGUCGCAAGGCUACAGAAAAGACCCACCAUGUAGGCAAGCAAGCUUCCAAAACAAGCAUGAUGGACAGGUUGCGUCCUGUCACUAAUGAGUACGUGGGGAUGUGGGGCCACCCGCCGGGCAAAAACGGUGAGGGCAUGGAAAUGGGCAAAAGCCCUAACAGAGAUAUCCGACUCUGA